GAUUUCCCUGAGAUACCCGUGCCCUCGCCGGAGGGGGAGACGCGUCGGCGCGUGGAGCAGCGAGAACGGGAGAGGCGAGAGGCGGAGGCGGAGACGCGGAGGCGAGAGGAGGCUGGGAUCGGGGGGCCAGGGUACGGGCGGCCGGUUUACGGGAGGCGGGGGAGCGAGGACGCGCUGCGGUUCCUGGCUCGGAUGGAGGGAACGCGGUCCCCCGUGGACGAGACGCGACGGUUCGUCCUUUCUUUCUACGUCGAGGACCGAUCGCUGCACAUCUACGAAAUAUUCAUCAACCGACACUUAGGGAUCCGCCAGGGCCGGUUCCUGUCGCGCACCCGCGUGAAACGCGGGGACACGGGCGAGGCGCUGCGUGAGGGGGACUUCCACGUCGGGGCCACGCUCCCCAUCAACGGCUUCCACUUCCACCUUCUCCAGGCCGACGACUUCACCGUCGGAUACAUGGAGGGACAUCCGGAACAGUUUCCGCAGAGCGACGUGCGGCGGAUCCGGGAGAAGGUCGCGGCUGCGAUGGACGAGGGGGGAAAGAAGCUGCUGGAGUUCUGUCGUCGGGUCGUGGCCCUCUUGGACCCGGACCAGAGGGGGCUCUGUCGCUUCCAUGCUUUCAGGGAGGAACUCGGGAAGGAGACGGAGCUGAGCUCGCAGGAGUGGAUGACUCUCUGUCGAGCAUACGCGGCGCAGCGGGACCACCGACCCUCCCUCGACGCCAUCGUAUGGCAGGCCCAGAGGGAGCUCGAGGAGAAGGGGUUCGAGGACUUCCUGGGUUUCCGGGACUACCUGGAAGGGAGAGAAAGGCCGGGGGAGGAGAAGGGAAAGUUCACCCAUCGGGAGCUGAUGAACGCCGCCAGGGGAUUCCGCCUACCCCUCUCGCCCCUCUCGCUCAGCGCCGUCCUCGACGCGUUGACCCAAGGGAAGGAGGAGGAGCUGCCGUACAAGAACGUGGUGGAGAUGCUGGACUACGUCGCGCAUCCCAUCGCUCCGCCGCAGGUCCCAGACGAGGAUGCUCCUUCGUUCAGAUACGCCGACUUCCUGCAGGACCUCCAAGACGUCCGCAGUCCGAAAUGACUGCUCUUCGACUCCCGGCGCCUGGAUUACCGUUUGUAGCUUGGUCAUUCUGGACAGUGCCCAUGUAUCUCCCUCGCAGGGAUGAUUUCCCCC